CAACAGAUACAACCAUCGCCAAAGUGAAAAAAUGUACCAAAGUGACGUCGAUGAAAACGGUUAUAAUGCCAACAAAAAAGAGCUGAAUUUGUCGCACCGCAAUCUGCGAGAACUUGACACCGCCAUCAUUGCAGCCCACGGCGAAUGCAUCGAAUACUUGGACAUCAGCCACAAUCGAGUAUCGCGAUUGGAAUGGCUUUACCAAAUGCCAAACUUACGCUGCUUAAUAAUGGAUGAUAACCGUUUGCGCGAAAACCAUUUUGAAAAGCUGAAGAAAGUCUCGCUGCCAAAGAUCACAACAUUAACUUUAAAUAAAAAUGAGUUGAGUGAUUUGGAUUCAACUGCCGAAAUGCUUAAACAAAUAUUUCCAAAUUUGGAGUAUUUGAGUUUGCAUGGAAAUCCAAUGUGUCCGGACGAUUUGUGUCUGCAGCCGUUCAGUGAAUUUGUGCCCUACGAAUAUGCCCAUUACAGGUAA